AGGGGUGGAAGACUGGUCCUUAAAAGACGAGACAAUGCCUGGGGUGAUAAAUAUGGACGAGUUGACAGACGUGGAUAAGGCUAAAAUGGAAAGAGACCAAAAGAAGAUUGAAGUCAAGCUUGAGAGAUGGCUGACGUCUAAGUGCUGUACUGAGUUUAUGGAGGCCGUUCAGGCCGGUGUAAAAGAUGACACCCUGGUCAAAGGUAUUGCAGAGGACAAGAACCCAUUCAAGGAGUUGAAAGGUGGAUGUGUCGUCUGCUGAAGAGGACAGGAAGAACAGAUUAGACCUUCUCUAGUGCCCAAGGACAUUCCCCCUACCCAGGAAACAUUGUUGGAUCACCAUUAACCAACCAAGAAGAAACAAAAAACAAAAAAAACAAAUGUACAUUCCUGAAUAUAUAUAUAAACCUCAUGAACCCAUGUAAAUGAAUCUCCCUGAAUUGAUGCAGUAAAUAAGAGUAGUUUUUGGCAAUGAUUGUCAGAGCU